AUGUACACCAAGAAGGCUGUUUCUGUCGUCGCCUCGCUUGCUCUUGCCAAGCAGGCCCUGGGCUUCAACGCUCAUCGCCACAUGCAUGCGGACAAGCGCGACCUGAAGGUUGACAUUGUCACCCACUGGGUCACUGUCACUGUCAUCGAGGGCCAGUCGGUGCCUGCCAGCACUCCCACUCCCACUCCUGCUCCCCAGCCCGAGGUCCCCGAGGUCCAGUACACCCCGACCACCACUUCCACAUCCAUUGUCGUGGUCCCGACCCCAACUCCUAUCAUCGCUGCCCCCAGCACCACCCUUCUCACUUCGGUUGCCCCCAAGGCCUCCUCUUCUCAGCCUCCCGUUGUCGAGCAGGCCAAGGUUGUUGCUGCCAGUGUCAGCUCCACUACCGGUGGCAAGCGCGGUGUCGCCUACAACGAUGCCACCAAGGUUAACCCCUUCUUCUCCGGCUCUUGCAAAGAGUGCUCCUGGGCCUACAACUGGGACUCGAGCGACAACGGCCUCUCCGCCUCGGGCGUUGACUUCGUUCCCAUGCUCUGGGGCCCUAUCGACAUCCACACUGCCCGCUGGACCCAGAACGCCGACGCCUCCAUCGCCAAGGGCUCUACUCAUAUCCUGAGCUUCAACGAAUGCGACAUGCCCUCCCAGUGCAACCUUGACGCCGGUUCCGCUGCCGCCGCUCACAUCAAGUAUGUCAACCCCUAUGCCGGCAAGGUCAAGAUCGGCGCCCCCGCCAUCACCAACAGCAACAUUGCCGGCCAGGGUCUCGACUGGCUCAAGUCGUGGGUGUCUGCCUGCGACACCGCCGGUUGCUCCUACGACUUCUGCGUCACCCACUGGUACUCCCCUUCUGACGCCGCCUCUACCCUCUUCGACCACAUCAAGUCGGUCCAUGAGAUCUGCAAUGGCAAGCCCGUCUGGCUCACCGAGUUCGCCCCCUUUGGCACCGCCGAGCAGAUCACCAGCUUCGUCCAGACCAACAUCCCCAAGCUGGACAGCCUCGAGUACCUUGAGCGUUACUCUUACUUCAUGGCCAGCGACGGCGUUCUCAACUCGGGCUCUGGCCUUAGCGCUCUUGGCCAGGCCUAUGCCUCGGCGUAA